UCUUUGGUCGUUGAGGGAGUCGCGUAAUGGAGUUUGGUCCAAGGAAGAUUGAAAAGCGGAACCGGGCCCCUGUGUCUUGCGAACCAUGCCGAGCUCGAAAGCAAAUGUGCAACCGCGGUCAGCCAUGCGAAGGCUGUACCAGGCGGAAUCAAGCGUCACUGUGUCGAUAUGCUCCCAAUGCCAUCAGGAACAAGGCUCGCCCUUCCAAGGUUGGCAACAUCCAGGAGCGGCUGGAUAACCUAGAGGUUAUGCUGGCUUCGAUUGCCGCGAAUCCGGCCGCCGCUGGGAUUGGCAUAGGUGCGGCUCCCGGUACGCAGGCUUCGUCUAGCCAGAGGCGAAUGCCGACAUCUUCCUAUGAACAGCCUCAGUCACCCUUCAAGUCAGCUCGAUUCCGCCAAGACAAUCACGCAUUACCGCCUGAGCUGCCUCAUCGCCACGAGUCCGGAGAUGGCCAGGUCAGUUAUAUCGACCCCAGCCAUUGGAGAGCCAUCUUGGAUGAAAUCAAAGAGGUCAGAGAACAUCUGUCGGCCUUUGACCGCCCUCUGGUGCAGGAGGAGCCGGAGCGCAAGAGCGUUGCCUCGGAAGACGGUGCCGGAUUUAUGUUUGGCAAAUUUCCGGUGGUCGAUCUCGAAGACAUCAUCAGCACCCUGCCGCCGAGAUCGGCAUGCGAUGCCCUUGUUGCCCAGUAUUUCAACGCCAGAUUCAUGGUGCUGGGCAUCCUGCACCCGGUCAAGUUCCAAAGGGAGUAUGAAAAGUUCUGGGAUGCUCCCCUCAAAGCACCUCCUCUUUGGAUUGCUCUGCUCUUUUCCGUUCUCAGCCUCACAACCACUCUUCGCAAUGUCGCCGGUGGUUCGGCCGGGCCCAAAUCUGCAAGGCCUACAGCCAAAACGCUGCAGCAAAGAACGGUUGAAUGCUUGAUAUUGGGACGUUUCCCUAAUGCAAACGCGUAUGCUCUAGAAGCCAUGAUACUGCAUCUCCAGAGUUGCUACCUCACUCUCAAUAGGCUCGGCUCCGAUCACUGGUUUGAGAUGGGCACUUUGAUUCGCCUCGCCUUUAGAAUGGGCUAUCAUCACGACCCGGACGGCUUACCAGGCAUCUCAGUCUUUGAUGGAGAGAUGCGGCGGCGCGUUUGGCACAACAUAUUCCAAGUGGACGCGCUCAUGUCUUUUCAGAUGGGGUUUCCGAGCAUGAUUCCGACAGAAUUCUGCGACACCAAAGUGCCGAGAAACCUGCAGUUCUCUGAUCUAGAAAUAAACAUGACUUCGCUGCCUCCCGGGCGACCUCUGUUCGAAAACACUCCGAUCAGGUAUCCAAUCGCCAAGUCUGGUGUCAUGGCCGUGUUCAAAAGGAUUGUUGCGCAUUCACAGUCUUUAUCUCUCCCAACUUAUGACAACACGAUUAUGUUAGAUAACGAAAUGAGGGAGGCGUACAACAACUUACCGGAAAUCCUGAGAGGAAGAGACGUUGGUCGUUCUUUCAUGGAUCCAUCGAACAUCAUCUUCGAGAGAUGCACCAUCGAGAUGCUCUACUUGAAAGGUCUCAUUGUUCUGCAUCGGCGAUACAUCAGCUACGAGGUUGACGGCCGUCGAUUUGAGCACUCUAGACGCACCUGUGCCGAAGCAGCUCUUGACAUUCUGGCUCGCCAGGCAGAUCUGCAUCAAGCAUGUCAACCCGGAGGGCGCUUGUACGACGACCGAUGGAUGGUCUCUUCACUGACCAUGCACGACUUUCUUUUGGCUGCCAUGGUCAUCUGUCUGGAUCUUUCUGUUCGUCUCCGGCGUCCUUCAAGCGUGUUAGUGCCUGCAAAAGAUGAUGACGCUCUUACUGGGCGAGAAUACCAUGCGCUGCAGAGAUCGCAGACGAUAUGGGCAUCUAGUAGCCAGAUGUCUCCAGAAGCACGCCUUGCAUCUUUGGCGCUCGGCCUGAUGGUGCAAAAAGUGGCCGACAAAGACGCCCGCCAUAUCCCUCUGUCCAAGGCUCCAGAAGAGGACCUGGCUGCUGCCGCUUCUUCCCAAGAGCUUCCGUAUGCAGGACCCAUGUCUCAGAUGAUUGAUGGCACUGAAGGAUUGGACUGGGGCUUGCUGGACCAGUACUUUCAGAAUCAGCCAACGGAUGCGUCCCAAUUGGAUCCAUUCAGCAUUGAUCCUGGUUGGUUUGACCUACCGCUGUAGAAGAGGUGGGAGGAGAAGUCCUGUACAAACUCUUGACUGUAAAAUCAGGUCAUAUUAUGGUGAUGCGAGAGAAGCAGUAGGGUGAAGAUGGGGAAGAGGGUGAAAGAAAAAAGAAAAGAGAAAAAAGGAAGAAGGCGAGACUGCGGGCAAUGUUUCCUUUGUCUGGGAGAAAUGGACAGUUUUCACUCAACGCUAAUCGGGAUAUAGGAUGGGGAAUUACUGCCGGUAAUUCACAACGUACAUCAACUGGGGCGCCGCCGCCGGAAAUGCAGAUGCAGCCUAAUCUCAACGAUACCCAAAGUACUGGAGGAGGACAAAUGCAGGGAUAGCAGCAAUUUCGCUGGUACUUUUCUUUUUACAUCAGAA